GUGUUUCAUCCAGUGCAUUUAUAUCCAUUCAGUAGUAUGGAGACCAGAACUGCACUUCAUAAUCCAAAUGAAACCUUAUCAUAUCUUGUAUCUUAUCUCACUUCAGUGACUCAUGGCAGUUUGUUCUACUCAUCUACAACUCUAUUGCCCUUGAGUUAGUUUUGUUUAUUAGUGUUAGGAUAUAUGUACUGGCUUCAUGUUGGUCAUUAAGGCUGUAAUUCACCUACACACCAAUAUCAAGAAUACAUUAUUACCUGAAAUAGGAAUUAAUGUGUAAAUAUACUUGUAAAUAGUGUAGUGAUAUUGACAAGAUGUGGAUAAAGACACAUUUUGAUAUGUGUGGCUUCUCCAGUCCUGAUACAGAGACCACUGAGAAAGGAGCAUGUAUGGUAGCAGGGUCCAAGUGACAUGAAGCGUAGAAGAGCUAUGAGUAUGUACGAUGGUAGCAACGUAUGGGUGGAGGGGAGGGGACCCCAGGAACAUGCUCAUCGUGCCUACUGAGACGGUCAUUAGGGUUGCCGCAUCCCAAGAAACAACAGUCUUUGUUACAGCCGGUGGCAGAUUAUAUAUUGGCCAGUACAAUGGUCAAGAGAGGGGCAGUUUGAAACAGAUUGAGCUUGGAAGUAGAUGUGUUCGUGAUGCAACAGUGUACAGAGGCCAAGUGGUGUUUGUCACUGAUGCUGGGGAAGUAUUUACUCGGGACUUGAAAGGAGGUGAUGUUCGCCCUUUGCCUGUGCUGGAACCAAAAAAGACCUGUACUCAUGGCCAGGAGGAAAAGGGGCGGAAGGUUCGCGUUCGGGCAGUGGCAGCUGGCUAUGAUCACAUAUUGUUCCUGAGUGCUCAAGAUGAAAUUUGGGUUCAAGGACGGGGACCAGCCCUAGGACUCUUCACAAACAAAACUGAAAAUGAAAUUACAAACCCAGCCCGUGUUGAUUUCUUCAAAGGAAGAAGGGUAAUGCAAAUUGAAGCUGGAGCUUACUUUACUGUGGCUCUUGUGGAAGCUUUGCCCCCUGUUCACCACGAUCCAGCUGCUGAGUCGGACACUCUUCCAGACUUCGACUCCUAUGUUAGAUCAUGUGAGCAGUGCCGCCGAGAGACCGGUGAUCGUGUUCUCUUUGAAGAUGCAGAUGAAUUUGACAAGUGCCCUUUAGGAUUGGCUGUGAGGAAGGAAUAUUUUACCCCAGACCGGAGAUCUGAUCUUCUGUCGCCUGCUCCAAGUAGUGUAAACAUGGAUGGUAGAUCGUCACGAAACAGUGUGUUCCAUGAAGAUGGUGAAUCUUCAGAUUACGUUGCAGAUGAAUUAGAUCCAACCUCAGGAGAAGUUUCUUGUGAUGGCACGUCAUUAAAUACUCCAGUUGAAUUACGGACAGGAAUUGAAUUAAAAGAUAUGGCUCGAACACAUAGACAGAGUGUGGGAAGUGAUUUUGAAGUUGUUGAGUGCACUGAUGAUGAGACAGAAAUGGGAGGAGAAACUAGGAGGAGGAAAUCAAGUUUAGCAGGUAGUAGUAGCCUAUUUCUAAAUGCAGAUGCUGCCCGACAGUUUAUAUCUAGACAGCUGUCAUGGAUGACAACAACGAGUGUGGAACAAGGCGAAUGUAUCAUGGAAAACGAGAAAAUUAAUAACAAAUACCACAUAGACAGUGCUACUGAGCUUAUUAAGGAAAAUGUAGCUAGUGCAGCAAACAGUGCUGCAAGUCUUGUAGCUACUGGUGUUCGAACUGUCAGUGAUAAAGUGGGCCAGUUGUCACGUCAUUUCAGUAGUAGUGAAUGUGCAGAUGGUGAACUGCAUGAUCUGACACCAGACUCUGAUCCUUUCAGUUUAGAUGCAUUUUAUGCUAAGACUCCCAAAACAAAAAUGAGUAAAAGUGAUUCCUAUGAGUGCAAUAGUCUUCCACGUCGACUUUCCGACGAAUUGUGUCGUAAAAAAACACACAUGCGAACAGCAUCUGGGGGUUUGAGCUUUCCAAAAGUAGGCAAAGAUGGUGUAUUAACUCUUGAGAAAAGGCCAGAGCAAGUGGCAAAAAACACUGUUCUUAUCAUAGAUGGGGGACGUCAUAUUUUAAACACUGAGGUUUGGGCAUGGGGUUCAGCUAAUAAGGGUCAACUUGGCCUUGGUGAUCUGAGCCACAGGUCAACCCCAACCAGUGUGGUAACCCUGAAUCACAUGGGGGUCACUAAGUUAGUUUGUGGCUCCCAUCACACAGCUGCUCUCACCAUUGAUGGACAGGUUUAUAUAUGGGAACCAAAAGAUACUAGUGAUGAAGUUGAUCAUGCAACAAUGGAGCCUAAGUCACUUAAGUCUUCAUAUUGGAAGGUGUUUGUGUGGGGGGACAACUCUGCCGGCCAAGGUGGACCUUCGACACCCAUUGAAAAGUCUUCAUUGCCCAAUAAAUCUGCAAAUAAAUCUCCAAGUAAACUUGGGAAUGCUUCUUCAUCCAUUGUCUCUCCCAGACGGCUUGAACUCCCAGAUGGAGGUCUGGUUCGAGAUCUGGCUUCAGGGGAUAACUACCUCAUUGUUGUUUCCAUUGAUGGUCUCACAUACUAUGUGGGCAAAUUAAGAGAGGAAGAGAAAGCCACAGUGAAACAGAUAGCAGUUGGUGAUGCCACAACACGCUGCAGAUCAGUGUUGUGUCAGUGUGACAGUGUGGUCUGCACAUCAGAUGAGAUGCAUCCACAGGUGAUAACAUUUUUGAAAACUGAAACAGAGUACCUGAGUCUGCUCAAGUGUGUUAAUCAGCACGUGGUGAAGCCCUUCCUGUCGACCUGUGUGCUUGGCAACAACAGCAAGAGCUCGUCAUCCAUCUCACACAAGGACGCCUGUGCCUCCAGCUCUGUUGGAGGCAGCGGAGCCUCAGCAGUUGACAACAGUCAAGUGCUACAGACAAAACAGGAACUUUUAGAAGCUUACCUUGAUGUAACACAUGCAGUGGCUAGUAGUCUAAGUGAUAUGUUAGAUGACCAAGCAGCUGAUGUCACCGCUGUCAUACCAAUAAUACGACAGGUGGAGGAGCACAAGUCUAUUUACCAGAAAUAUGUGAACUUGGUAUGUGACGCAAUUGCCAUUAGUGGUCUCACAGUCUCGAGUAAAGAAGCCAAUAUAGUGAUGGAGAAAUGCCAGUCUGUUUUAGCAAAUCUCAUUCCUGAAGAUAAGAGGAAAACAAACACUGAACUCUUUGCUUACCUCAUCCUGCGGCCACUACACCACAUCCACGAGUAUGUUGAGUUUCUGCUGUCCAUGAAGAACGAUGCUGAUAAUUAUUACUCUCCUUUUACUCUAGACAAGAUCAAGAUUGCUCAUUCCCACUGGAAGCAGCUUUCCAACAUAGCACAAAAGAAUCAGGCAGAAGCUGAAGUAACAAAAGCCUACUGGGAAACCUGCAGUCCCAAGAUGGUGGAAGCUCUGGCCAACCCAUCACGACGACUUCUCAGAGAUUCACGCACCAGCCCCAUCAAUGUACACAAUGCUGGACGCUUUUCAUCCCAUUCAUUUGUGCUGCUGACUGAUGUUUUAGUGCAUAUCCAGUACUCAAAUUUCACGACAUAUAAUCUCAAUAUCAUGUGGGUAGAGCCAGUGCCAAACAGCUCAAGUAUUCAGAAUGGUAUAUUCAUAACAUUACCUGAGGACUACUUGACCCUGGCAUGCCCCACCAGUUCAGAUAAGAGUCAGUGGAUGUAUGCCCUUCAGGAGGGAAUCAAGAGGUCAGUUUAUGGCACUGGAGAGGCAGGCUUAGUGGUGAUGCCAAGGACACCUCCUCUUGUGAGAAAUGCAUCUUACACCUUUACUAAAAGUACUCAGUAUAAGGAUGCUACAUAUAAUGGUCAAUGGUUCUUUGGUAAGCUGCAUGGUGAAGGCAUCAUGACUUGGCCUGAUGGGCGGCAAUACGAAGGACAGUUCCGCCAGAACGUCUACCAUGGCCCUGGUCAGCUGGAGGUGCCCUCACCUGGAGGAGUAACUGUGUAUGAAGGCACUUGGAAAAAUGGAAAACUGGAGGGAAAAGGCAUUAUCAGAUAUGCUAACAAGGAUGUGUAUAUUGGGUACCUACAUGAAAGUCAACCCCAUGGACAUGGAGAGAUCAAGAAGGGCCGCUUCAGCUCUCAGGCAGCCUCCAUAUACACCGGGGAGUGGAGCUGCGGUGUUAAGCAGGGCUAUGGUGUGCUCGAUGAAAUAGUUAAAGGUGAGAAGUAUAUGGGAAUGUGGCAGAAUAACAAUCGUCAUGGACCAGGUAUGGUUGUCACUAUGAAUGGUGUGUACUACGAAGGAAAUUUUUACCAAAACAAACUAACGGGUUAUGGGCUUAUGAUGUUUGAAGAUAAGACGUAUUAUGAGGGAGAACUUGGCAUUGGUGGAAGUUUCGCUGGUAAAGGGAGUCUUCAUUAUCCCAGCGGAGACACCAUUGAAGGUACCUUCACUGGCAACUGGGAAGAUGGUAUCAAGAUAAAUGGUAUGCUGCAGAAAGGUGUUGGCUCUCCUGAUGACGAAAACAUACCCAAGUCAUUUGGCAAGUUCAGUGUAAGUGCUGAUCAAAAGUGGAUGGCAAUUGUGCGUCAGUGCAAGGAUCAGCUGGGCAUUUCUACUGGAAUUGAGGUGUCUACAGCCAAAGUGUGGGAAAUAUUAGCCACCAGGUUGGAGACAGAGAAGCAGGCAGCUCUGCGUCACAGUGCUCAGCUAGAUGUGUUGGAUGGCAUCGAUCGCAUACCUGAAAGAAAAGGCGAACUCACAUAUCGAUACUUCAUGGAAAUUCACUUUUAUUUAGGCAAGGCAUUUGGAAGUCGGUUGCAUCCUUUAGGACAGCUGUUGCAGUUGUUGGUUGAUGCCUUCAGAGCUACCUAUGGUGGAGUUGUAGCUCACCCGCGCCUUCUGCCAUAUGCUGUGCAAGAGGUGCGUUCCUUCACCUCAAGAUUAUACCAAUUGGUACGGGUGUUAUUUCCAGAUUUACCAAGAGAGGAUGAAAAUGUUUUGUUGGAGCCAGAUAUGGAAGACCAAGAAGAAAUAGUGGUGACCCCAGCCUUCGUGAUUCAUCCCUGGCUGCUUCCCCAUGUAUAUUCUCCACUGUCUACACUGUAUGUCCUCCACCACCAGCCUAAGGAUGAGGAGUAUUGGAGGAGGCUGCUCAAGUGGAACAAACAGCCAGACACUGCUCUCAUGACAUUUUUAGGAGUUGAUGUUAAGUUUUGGUUGCCGGAAGGAGCCACCAUUAUGGAGUGUAGCCGCACAUUGGGCAUGGUAAAAGACCAACAUUUUACAGAAGCUAUUGAAACACUUCAGAUGCUGUCAACAUCAUUUAGUCCACGGGAUAAGUUAAAACUCAUUCAUCGUACCUUCCAGCAAGUUAGCAAGGCUGUGAUGAACAAGCUGGGUAACGAUUACUUGUGGAGUAUGGAUGACCUCUUCCCGGUUUUCCAGUAUGUUGUGGUGAGGUCCCGCAUACAGCAUCUGGGAGCUGAGAUUCAACUAGUGGAUGAUUUGCUAGAUCCCCACAUGCAGCAUGGAGAGUUGGGCAUAAUGUUCACAACCUUAAGAGCAUGCUACUACCAGAUCCAGAAUGAGAAACUCAAUCACAUGGUAUGAUGAAACUAUUUUUUGGCCUUUUAUGAUAAAUUUUCACCGGUUGUUGGAAAGAACUGUAAAUUAUCUCCACCACAGUGCCCUCCAGUUUAUUUUUGUUACUGCCUACUAUAUCAGUCCUUGAACAGAUGUUCAAGAACAUGAGUCUCUGUACUCAAGAUAAAGAUAUUCUUCAGCUCUUGUGUCAUGUCAGUAUGUUGUUUAUGUUAAGGCAGUCAAGAGUUCAUUCUUGUCAGUAUUAAAUGGAAGAGUUAUACAGUAGGACCUUAUUUAUCUGAAUAUCAGUAAGCUGAAAUCUCCAGUCAAAUGUAAAAUGUCACUAGUGCCAGUUCAUGCUCUAACCCUGAAAAGCUUUCAUUAUCCAAAACUGACAUCCUUUAACAGUUUUCAAACAGCCAGAAUAUAGUCAGACAUCGUAUCUUGUCAAGCUUUGCAUAGAGUAUGCUUUAAUAAUGAGUGAUUGCUUAUUGGCAGUAUUAUUCUGUACCUUGUCUGUGUGUUGGCAGUUGUGAUAAAACAGCAGAAGGGGAAUUUUUUUUAUAGAAAACUUUAGUGGAUUUCCUGGGAAGUGUUGAAAUAUUAGCUCUUUUUCUAAGUUGGGUACCUGGGUGAAGUUGAAAUAUUAGCUCUUUUUCUAAGUUGGGUACCUGAGUGAAAUUCCACAAAUAUUUUGCUAAAUAGACACUUCAUUUCUACCCAGACACGAUAUAAAUUACUUACAUUUUUUUUUUUUCAAUAUCCCACUGAGGCAGGUAACCUAAAAAGAAAAACAAAAGUUUGGUCAGACAGCAUGCCUCUGUCAAUUAGACAUAUCAUAUUUUCUGUAACUUCUUGGAAGUGCCAGUACUGAUAUAGAAAGUGUUAAGAGACAGACAAGCAGUAAUAAUGAUUCAAGUAGUGGGACUCAGUAAGGUUACCAUAACAACUCCAAUAUGCCCUAAGUCUCAACCAUUUCAGAUAAGUAAGAUCCUACUGUUUGGUCAAAAUGGUGAUAUUAUCUACGACUUAAAAGUUUAAAUGCAGAUUAGUUCGUGUUGGGAAUGUUUUGAGUACACAUCAGAAUCUUGCCCUAAUAUGUUACAAGUGUAUAAUAUAUUUAGCAUGAAAUCAAACCUAUUAGAAAGAGAUAUUGUAAAUUAAUAUAUCUGACCAAUUUUUUUUUCUAUUAUAGCACACUAACUUUGGUACAAACAUAUUGCUGUAUAAACUUCUUUAUAUCUCGAGCUUAGACAGUCACUGUUGGUUCUUAGCGAGAGUGUUUACUAAAUAAACCUAGUACCCUAUAAUAUGAGGCAGAUUCCUAUAAUGUAUGAAGUGUGAGAUUGAAACAUGAAUCCUAUGUGUGCAAUAUGAUUAAAACCAAAAUCAUGUGUGUGAGGAUUAGGAAGGAAACCUUCAUCCUGUAUGAGGAAUAGGACUUUAAUCAGCAUUAUAUAUUGUAAUGUGUGAGGUGUAGGCUUGAAACUGUCAUACAAUGUGUGAGGUGUAGGACUGAAACUAACAUAUCAUAAUAGAUGAGGUGCAGAAAUCAGAGGCAGAGCUGAUUCCAUUUUUUUUUUUUUUUUUUACAUGACACUGGUUGUUUCCCACCAAGGUCUGAUGUGGUAACAAGAAAGCUGGAAUCAUUUCUGCACUCUUGAUUGUUGCACCUCAAACAUUAUGCUAUGUUAGUUUAAUUUUUACACUUUGCAUGUUAUGUAAUGGUGGUUUCUUUCUUUUUUUGUGUGUGUGUGUUGAUAAAUGACUCCAGGUACCUCAGGCACUGUUGAGUGAGUCGUGUUGUAGACGCUGAUAUUAAUAUCGUUUUGCGCUAUUAAACAGUACUAUACUGUACUGUAGUAGUAGCUUCAGGCAAAUGGAACAUCCUUCACAGAGAUGUGCAGGAUAACUUUAAUUUUGACAGAAAAUAUGUUGUAGUUAAAUUGUGCACAUUUAAAAUGUGAGAGUUCACCAAAUGACUAUUUUCAGUUUAUUGCAGUGAUGCCGUGCUUUUCAGCCAGAAUAAACAAACAAUCCAGAUUCUUUUUAUAGUACUUUAUAAUUUUUUCUUGAUAAUUAUGAGAAUUAACAUAUGUAGAUUUAAAAUUUUGCCCCAAAUCUCUCUUAUGUUAUAUGCAUUGGUAGUACUGUACAAUAUAGAUUAAUCUUACGUAACUUAUCUAAGGUCUGCCUAAUUUUAGUUAUCAUUGUUCUACAUAUAUAGCACCUGUUUUUCCGUGUUCCAUGUUUUCUUUGUCUUUCAAUUGAGCCAUUGUUCCACCCACAGGUGGCUAUCACCAGCAGGUGGAACAUAAUGAGCAGUGGCUCAACUUGAAGCCAAUGAAAAUGUGGAACACUGAGAAAAAGUGCUGUAUAUGCAGGGGCCUUCCUGUAUAUUAAUUUUGUAACGUUCUCAUUUUUCUUUUUUGCUCAGUCUGAGAAAAUAAUCAUUGCCAAAUAAUCAAGUCAUUGCUCUUUGGCUAAAGCAUGGCAGUAAUGUACAGUUCAAAUUUAGGCAGGGCCCUUCCAUCCAGUCUCCCUGUUUCUUUUAUCAGUUGCUUGUUGACAUUUAUGUGAUAAUACAUUUAAACAUGCAACUUUCCAUACAUUUUUAAAGUAGUGUGCAUGCUUUGGUGAAUGUAUUUUUUUAUAGUAUUUCAUUUAUUACACUUGUACCUCAAUAAAUGUAAUCAAUUCCUGAAGUAACUUAUUGUUUUGGCUGAUGGGUCUUAAGCAAUAUGAAGAGCAGAUUCACAUUUUCUUUUGCCAGCAAAGUGGGGUAUUAUUCAUGUUUACUCAUGACAAACUUGGUCAGUAUGCAAACAUUCUCUUCUGUUUUUGAUAUGAGAUUAUAUCUUGACACUUGAACUUAAGUGGCAAUGUGAACAAGCUGUUUAAAGAGAGUUCACCAUCGUCACUGUGUAUUAUAGAAGUGUCAUAUUGACAUGUAAGUGUAUUAAUAUUAUAGUGAUGCUGUUUAUUUGCUUACAGGGUAUAUACAACAUUUGUUGUAUUCAUUUUUAAAUCAAGUUUAUAUGAUAUCUUACCAAGAAACUAUUUGAAAAUAAAUUGAUCUAACCUGAAUGAUGCAGUAUUCUGGCUGCAGUCAUGUGAUGUAUGAAUUCAAGAACAUCGGCUAUCUCCUGAAUUUUAUGUUGAUGAGGUAGCCACUUGGUGCACAUAAAAAGGACAGAUGUCUUUCUCAGAAAAUUAUGUUGACAUUACCUGUGUUGUGCAUAUUGUGAUAACUGUUAAUGAUAAUAUCCAUUUUUUUUUUUUUAUAUGUUGAUUUGUGUGACAUACUCUGUAUUGGGUUAUGGAACCUUUUGGAUGUUUUCAUGUAGGAAUGAUCAGUGUGUAGUGUUCACUCAUUCUGUUUCUCAAAGCUAUGUUAAAUCUUCAUCUGUUCAUUUUUCUAUGUACAGUAUACAGUAAACCCCUGCUUAAUGAGCAUAGACAUAAUUUGAAAAAAUGACCCAAAGAAGCCUAGGGCAUUUCCCUGCACUUCACAACCUCCCUCUCUCAUACAAUGAGCAGUUUCCAGGCUGCUGAUUGCCCUCUUUCACCCCCUCCCCCCAUUUCCCCUCUUCUGCUCAUAAAAUAAACAGAUAAAUUUUUUAAAUACCAGUCCAUUAUUUAUCACUGGUAGUUAUAGGUCUUCCCAGAUAGGUUUGAAUAAGCUAUUUCUUGAAAAAUGAUGUGGUGAUACUGACAAGAUGUGGAAAAAGACACUUAGGUACAGUUCAGGACUGUACGUAAGUGUCUGUUUCCACAAGCUGUUUCCUACAUUAGCAAUCAACACAGUGUUUCCAUAUCCUCUGCAUCAUCAGUUAAAAUGUGAGGAAAUGGGAUAUUUAUUUACAGUAUAAAUUCCUUAAAGACUAGAGUUAUGGGUUCUAAUCACAUCUGGGAGAGGAAUUAUGCCUAUGACAGUGUUAUACUAUAUUCUGUACCUCCAUUUUUUCCCCCUCCCUCCCUUCCCUUCCCUUGUUUUAUCAUCACAUAAAAUUCUUGUGAAUAUAAAUUGCAAAAUUCCAGAAAAGUAUAAAAAGAAUGACCAAAAUAUAAAAAAAGUAAUCAGGAAACAUUGCUUUGUAUAUUUGUUAUUGUUUCAUUGAAAGGAUGACAGCCCAGGGAGCUGUGAUGGUGUAAGGGCCAUCACAACCCUUUAAUUCAUCAGUAAUAAAGCAAAGUGAUGUAUUUUAAAUAUGUUUCUUAUUAUUUUUUCACAAUCAUUGUGUAAUGCACUCAUGAAUUGAACCAAUCUCUAGCAAGUAUAUUUUGUUGAAAUUUCAACAUAGAAAAAGCUAAUAGGAAUCAGAUAUGAAAAAUUAUUGUCCUAGUCCCCAUUUCAACUUAAAGCGUGGAUUCUGUGGGAAAAUGCAACUCGCUAAACAUUUUCAUUGUUUCCUAUCUUGUUCAGUAAGUGGGAGGUUGACUGUAUCAUUUUCCUGUCUUUAGUAUUAUGUUAAAAAAGAGAAGGCAUUCAACACUGACUAGGUAAUGCAUUGUCUAUGUUGCCUUAGUUAAAAAAUGAUAUAAACAAAAGAAGACCUUUUAUUAUUAUAAUAUUUCACCUGCAAGAGGAUUUCUCAAUCACAUAAAGAAUGCAAAACUUUGAUAUAUUGUAGGUGCUCGUUGACUUACAAUGGGGUUACAUUCCAAUGAACCUAUCAUAAUAUUGUAAGUCAAAUAUGAAUACAUGACAUAAAUAAGUAAAUAAUUACUGUCACUGAAUGAGUAAAUAAUGAAAUAAUUACUGUAACUAAAUACCUGUAUUGAAAAGUAAAUAAAUGAAUACAAGUUUAUCCUCCUAGGUAGUAGGUUGGUAGACAGCAACCGCCCAGGGAGGUACUACCAUCCUGCCACGUGAGUGUAAAACGAAAGCCUGUAAUUGUUUUACAUGAUGGUAGGAUUGCUGGUGUCCUUUUUUCUGUCUCAUGAACAUGCAAGAUUUCAGGUAUGUCUUGCUACUUCUACUUACACUUAGGUCACACUACACAUACAUGUACAAGCACAUAUAUACACACCCCUCUGGGUUUUCUUCUAUUUUCUUUCUAGUUCUUAUUCUUGUUUAUUUCCUCUUAUCUCCAUGGGGAAGUGGAACAGAAUUCUUCCUCCGUAAGCUAUGCGUGUUGUAAGAGGCAACUAAAAUGCCGGGAGCAAUGGGCUAGUAACCCCUUCUCCUGUAUAUAUUACUAAAUUUAAAAUGAGAAACUUCUGUUUUUCUUUUUGGGCCACCCUGCCUCAGUGGGAUACGGCCGGUGUGUUGAAAGAAAGAAAAUUUAUCCUAUCAAUAAGUGUGCAGUACUGUACAAUACAGACUGUUCUUCACUAUCGCAUUAUUGUAAAGUUGAAGUCAUAAAUCAAACCAUUGUAAAGCAAGGAGCAUCUGUAUACAGUUAUGCAUUGCUAGGCAAUUUCACUCUUGUAUGAACAUCAUAGUGUGUACUUAUACAAACCUAGAUGGUAUAGAUUUGCUUGUAAGCAGAUAAUGCACCAUGAAUAUUCCUCUCUGUUAAUGAAAACCUUUCGGUGUUAGGGUCUGUGUUUUCAAACUUUUUAAGGAGCUUGUUGAGGUCUACAAAAGUUUCUGCUAAAAACUUCACUGUGAAUUUUCUUUGGGGGUUUUCUUUUUCUUCUCCUGCAGGGGCCAUGAUGAACAAAACAACACGAGAUUAAAUCAACCACAAAUGAUGCUAUCAAGAGACGCAGUAAACAUGAGAUGUAUGAGGCUGCUGCCGGUAUAACACAGCAUACUGUUUUACAGUAAACCUUUUUUAUAAGUACAAAGAAUAUACUCCAGAAUAACAAUAAAAAGUACUGUGUAGUAAAUACAUAAACCAGUGACAUAGUUGUUUAUUAUCAUUAUCAAGUAUUUACUGUACAUGAUUGUUUGUGCUAUACUUUUAUAUGAC